AUGGCGCAAGUUCACAGGCCGGAAUGCAAAUACGGCUUGCCUUGGUUUGGCCGGUCUCCUCAGGUUUUGCGAUGUGCAACUUGCCAGGAGAUUCUUGCUGUUGACACAGCGGAGGCUGUGCAGCCUUUGUUACAAGGAACGACCAUCUCCGAAAGAACUUUACAAGAAGCAUUCAAGCAAUGCGAUGCGAACCAAGAUAACUUUGUCACCAGAAUAGAGCUCAUCAAGGCUUGCAAGAGCCACCCUGAGAUCGCACAGAUGCUUGGGGUGCCAGAAGACCUUCGGGACUCUGCACGUGCACAAUUUGAACAAGUGCGCCUCGGCUAA